AUGAUGAAAACAAUCUAUGAGGUUGACGAGGAAAAUCACCACGGCGGGCCUGACCCUCCCGUACCUCUUCUUCUCUAUGUCCCGUCUAACAAUGAAUCUUCCUAUUAUAUUCGAUCCUUGAAACAUCCCGUUCCUAUUUUGAACCCUCAUAAUACUCAUAUCAAUGCCGCCAAGUUCAAUCCUGGACCUGACAUCUUCUAUCCUGCCUGGCGGCCUCUUCCCGGUGGCUUCAGAUUGUCCGUCCCUGUCCGUCCCCUCGGUGUCUUGGUGAAGCUUACUCAAGACGGCUCUCUCAUCAAUGUGGCCUGCCCGAACUUGACUCUUCCAGACCUGCCUGGGGCCGCAAGAAAAAAAGCGCUGGACUCCACAGAGAUUCUGGAGCAGGUAUUUUCCCAUAUCGACGAGGUCACUCUCCUCACCUCUGUCCAGCGAGUGAGCAAGGACUGGAAGGAAGUCGUUGACGGAUCGGUUUUCUUGCAGCGGAAGCUCUUCUUCCUCCCCGAUGAGACGCGGCCGCUCGAGCCCCAUCCGCAGGCGAGACGCGAGAAGGGCUCAGGCUCAGGCAAUGUAUAUCCCGUAUUGAAUUCGCUGCUGGUCAGGCAUUUCCGCAGCAGUUUCUUCCCCGUCGGCGGCAAGUUCUACGGCUACACGCGCCGGUCUGAAUCUUUCUACGAGCAGCGAUGGACUUCCAAGCACAACAAGCUCAAGCUGAAGAGGAAACUGGACACAGGCUACAACAAGUACGAAUCUGUCAGGCCCGACAUAACUAAAGCUGAAGCUCUCCAGAUAGCCCUGGAUAGAGAUCGCUUCACGCGGGCCGGCGCAAGUUGGCGCAAGAUGCUCGUCUCGCAGCCCCCCAUUCAAGACUUCAUCGCCAUGGAGUUCACGCCCAACGACAAUGAUGGUUCAAAGUCCCAACAAAAGCUCAAAUUCUACAUCCUCGACGCACAUCAUCCGGACAAAGGCCUUCGAAUGGGCCAGCUGUACGACUUUGUGCAAGACAAAGUCGGAAACCACCCGCUGGACUCGCUGUGGUAUCGCGUCGUCUGGUUUGAGCCGCGCGCUCCCUUUGCGUCAGACCUCAGCGAAGACGGCUGCGGAAUCAUGUUUGACGAGAUGGGCACGAAAUGCGUGGUUGAGAUGUUUCACCGGGAGGAUGAGGCCAAGAGGUUUUCUCCUACCUUGCCAUCUUCUUUUCCUUCUUCCAUUGCUGCGAGAGCGGGACCUUUGUCUUCUUCUAUUGCUGUGCGGGAGGGGCCUUUGUCUUCUUCUCGCUCGUAUCCCUCUGCUUCUAGAUCCAGACACAAUCCGCCAAGCUCAAAAGCUUUUGAUGCCAUCUUCAAAUGCGCUGAGUAUAGGCCUGUGGAUUGCAGGCCGGCCCAGGAGGUGGUGGACUAUGGCAGCGUGACGCACCGGAAACUUAUACAGCUGGAAGAUUAG